AUGCUGCGUCGGCGAAUGGCUACGCUAGCACUUCCGCUGAUGCGAAGCUUUUCCAUUAAGCCUGUUAUUAAUGUGAAGAGUUCCAAGAUACAUGAAACAAUAAUUGUGCAAAAUUGCGGUGGAAAAAUUUUGCGCUGGAUAGGACCAGUGAGCCGCUUUCAGAUGUUCUGCUCAAUACUGCUCUCCGGGAGUCUCGUGUAUCAAUCGGAUGCUAGCGCCCUUAUGAUGGAGGUACUUGCCACAAGUGGAGCUAUCUGCAGUGCAUCAGCCACUGUAUAUUUUGGGGCCAAGCGAAUGUGCGACAAAGUGGUGACGGAUAUUAUGUCAUGUCGAAAAGUGGGUGACCCUAAUGAAUUUGUGCGUGUGCUGGUCAUGGGUAUUGGCUCAACGGAGGUGCUGGAAGCUAAUCCGAAAGACGUCAAGUUACUUGGGUAUGAUGGCCAGGAUGUGUACACGUUUCUGGUGGGUGGCCGACAACUUCAGCUUGACGCAUCUACGGGGGAAUAUGUGAACCGCAAGGCUCUCGAUAUGUUGAUGCAAGGUAGACCACUAGUUUCUAGGAGUAAAAAGCCGAGGAAACAGAGGAUCGUGCAAUUAGACAAAAUCGUACCACGACGAUCGCACACGUUCGCCAUCGACGGUUCCAAUAUGAUGCUUUUUGAUAAUCGCCAGUCGUUGCCGCCUCAAGUCUCUGCAGGUCGUAAGCGCAAAAUCGUCAUAAGCGACGAAUGUCGAGAAAAGCGCGCGCGGUAUUCGUGGACUGAGCUUGAAUUUGAAAUGGUGCUGGAGGAAGCUACACUGUUGCGUGAGGAAUUAGAGCUUUUACUACUCGUGGCUAUAGAUUUGUGUCAUGACCUAUGCUGCGAAGACACGGCUGUGCGCAAUUACUUUACUACGUUAGAGCAAAUUGGAAAGCUCAUGGCCUCUUCAGAGCCCUUGACCGUACCCCAGAUCCGACAAAUGUGCCAGCAAAUGCUAAGGAUGAUGCAGUAUCUAUGCCGAGUCCACUAUAACCACUUUGCUUUCGUCGACAUGCAAGAUCAGCUACAAGAGUGCCGCAACCGCUUUAUGCUGUUUAUAUGCAAAAACGCUGCUAUGAUUGGACUCUAA